AUGUUCUUCGGUCUGCUCACUUCCCGUCUCACUCUCCUGACCUUCAUCUAUCUCUCCACUUUCCAUGUCAUUCUCUUGAUCCUCCUUCCUCAAGAAGUUUUCCCUGCAGUGCCUCUCCCUUGCCGGCAGGCUAGACCCAAGGGCUUUUUUUGGUCUCCCUUCCAGCUGUUCAAGUCCAGGGCCUCCCAGGUAAAACUCUGGGGGCAAGCCUGGAACGCUUCCACAGGGCACCCUAUCCCGUUACCACGCCUGCCUCGUUCCCCUCUCCCAAGCCCGCCCCAAGCCCCGCGUGCUGAUCAUCUAGAUUCCGAAGACGUCACACCGUCAGGCAUCGUCACUCUUCUGGUCGAAAGACUCGGUUUCCCCAGACGUGAUAUAAUCAAAGUAUAUCCUGUUAACUCAGGCUUCGCAGUCGAAGUAUCUCGCCCUGAACUUCGCAACAUCCUCGCCGCCAAGCCAAAGAACACGGUAUCCGUAUUGAUCCCAAGACCUACGGACCAUCUUAUCACGGACGAGAUCGCAGCAGUCACUAAAGAGAAGGACUUUAGUGUCCAUGCGAUCAAGGAUACACCUGGAGCUUACCUAGUGGUUCUCAUCAAGAAAGUUAAACCCUUCAGGAUCUUCGACUCGGAUCCGUCGGUCCCCCUGAAGAAGAAGGUUCGCAUCUAUACCUCUGACCGCUUCUUUGGCUUUCACCUCAAGGACAAAUGCCACUCCGCUGCCCGUUGUGGCGAGUGUGGGAGCUUCCUUCACAACCACUCACAGCAUCUUCCCCUACCCCAAUGCCCCAACUGCCUCAACCCCGCGAAACCGGGCCAUCAGGACUACCCAGCUAGACCGAGGGUGUGGCAGGGCAAGCUUAUAAAACUCACGGAGACUCAAAGGAAAGCGGUCAGAGAAGCGGGUCAGGCGGCCUACAAGGCGGCCAGGAGAGCCAGCCUGACCCCCAACGCCCCCCGCCCAGAGCCGACUCUGUCCCGAGGCAACACCACCCCGGCAACCCCGGCCGAGGAGGUCCUCCCAGACGCCCCAUAA